AUGCCUAGAAUUCUUAACGACCCAAAUCUCAAUAUCUGUCCAGACUACGCUACACCUCCCUACGCUAAUGCUAGAGCGCAACUCAUCAACGAGCAUAUCAACGAGGAACAAGCUAUCCAAAUUCUCAAGAACAUUUGGGAAGCAUCCAACAACGUUGAGAAGGGCCUUUGUCAAGGUCAAGUAGAGGAUGAAAGGGAACAUCGUGAGCAUCUUAACCAGUUGCAACAAGAGCAACAGGACAGGCACGAGCAGGAACAAAUAGAGGAGGCAGAAUUAGCUCGCAAGGAAGAGAAGAAGAAAUAUAAGCACAAGUACGCGCCUAUACAGGCCACCGGGGUACCCGACGAACCCUCCAUUAAUCCAUCACCUUAUGCGACUCGCAAACUCGAGAAGGGUGAGUACGUCGAGUUGUGGUAUUUCACCAACGACGGACUCGAUGAAGCACUCAUUAAGAAGACCAUCGAAGACGACACUAUGGUCUUAUUGACCCUCCAGGACAGUUCUACUGCGUGGGUAUCAGCAGCUUCAGCACGCAACACAACUUCCGUCAUCAACAACGAAGACAUUGCCUUCGAGGACUUUUGCCAGGCAUGCCCGCGGUUCAUAUCUGCUAUA